AAUACGUUGUACUGUUACGUAAUCACGCAGCGACCAUUGAUGAAAUACACGAGGAUGUUUAACUCUACGUUUAACGCGAGUAUUUCCGUAAUUAUUGUGUAAAAUAAAGUUGACAGAAGUGAUAAUCUAGCCCGGUAAAUCGAUAGAAAUGUGUGACUUUUCUUCGCUGGGCCUGGCAGACUGGCUGGUGAAACAGUGUAAACAGAUGGGCAUCAACAAACCCACUCCGGUACAGGAACACUGCAUGCCGCCGAUACUGGAAGGUCGGGACUGUAUGGGCUGUGCUAAGACUGGAAGUGGGAAGACAGCAGCUUUUGUGCUUCCAGUUGUGCAGAAACUUUCCGAGGAUCCAUAUGGCAUCUUCUGCUUGGUGCUCACUCCUACUAGGGAGCUGGCCUAUCAGAUCGCAGAGCAGUUUCGAGUCUUUGGGAAGCCGCUGGGUCUAAAAGACUGCAUCGUCGUCGGUGGAAUGGACAUGGUGAGCCAGGCUCUGGAGCUCUCCAAGCAACCACAUGUGGUCGUAGCUACGCCCGGACGGUUAGCAGAUCACAUCCGCAGCUCCAACACCUUCAGCAUGAGCAGGAUCCAGUUUCUAAUUAUGGACGAGGCGGACCGGCUGUUGGAGCAGGGCUGUACCGACUUCACCAAAGACCUGGAGACGAUCCUGGCGAUUUUACCGGCUAAACGGCAGACGCUUCUGUUCAGCGCCACGCUCACAGACACCCUGCACGACCUGAAGUCCAUCGCCAUGAACAGACCUUUCUUCUGGGAGAGCAAAUCGGAUACACGAACCGUGGAGGAGCUGGACCAGAGGUACAUCCUCACUCCUGAGAAGGUGAAGGACGCCUACCUGGUCCACCUGAUUCAGAAGUUUACCGACGAGCAUGACGACUGGUCCAUCAUCAUCUUCGUCAACACGUGCAAGGACUGCCAAAUCCUCACCAUGAUGAUGAGGGAAUUUAACUUUCCAACCAUCUCCCUACACUCCAUGAUGAAACAGAAACAACGAUUUGCAAACCUCGCCAUGUUCAAGGCCAGCGUCUUCAAACUGCUGAUUGCGACGGACGUGGCUUCCAGGGGUCUGGAUAUUCCAACUGUCCAGGUCGUCAUUAACCACAACACCCCCGGCCUCCCAAAGAUCUACAUCCACAGAGUGGGACGAACAGCAAGAGCAGGGAGGAAUGGGGUCUCCAUCACUCUGGUGACGCAGUACGACAUUCACCUGGUCCAGUCCAUCGAAGCAGAGAAUAAGACAAAGCUGAAGGAAUAUCCGGUGGUGGAGAAAGAUGUCCUGAAGAUCCUCACCCAGGUCAACGUGACCAGAAGGCAGUGUGAAAUAAAACUUGAGUCAACAGAUUUUGAUGAGAAAAAGGAGACCAACAAGAGGAAACAGCUGAUCUUGGAGGGAAAGGAUCCAGACUUGGAGGCCAAGAGGAAAGCUGAGCUGGAGAAGAUCCGGAGCCAGAAAAAGAAGUUCAAACAGAAUAUCCACGAGACCAUUGAGAAACAGAAACGUGGACAGCUGAAAAAGAAAAUUAUGAAACGGAAACAAAAGAAAAAGGCAGGGCAGACAUCAGUGUAAAAAACGGUCGUGUCCCAUGUAUAUACUUUGUGUUAUUACUGUACAAUACCUGUAAAAUGUUCAAAUGAAUGAGCAUCUGCAAAUAAAUCUGAACCGAGUUUCACACCAUCAAAGAAUUACUCAAGUCGACAGCCUUUAUUGAUUCAGGUAAACAAGGAACCACCAUGUGAUGAAACUUCACUGCAAGACGUUUCAAAUAGAUAUCAACAUCACAUUGCCUGAUGACAGAAUCAAGGGAUUGGAUGCAAAUGUUUAACAACUACUGAAUUACUUCAAUGAUCACUCUACAUGUUGAAAUUCAUCAUGGCUCAGAAGAUAAGGAAACACCAAAGCAAUAAUAUUACGGCAGCAGGUUCUUAAAGCUAUUACAUGUUAGGAUUCAAAGGAACGGGUCGAUCUGUGACAUUAAAUCAUUGCACUAAAGAGAUUCAAACACAAUUUCUAAGUCAAUUAAACAUGGCCACAUCUACUAGCGACAUGAUUGUCUGCUGAAAUAAGAAGCAGGUGAGAAACACUGGAGUACAUUCUUACUGUGUUUAACAACAAAUAAAAUACAUCUUUCCUGGAAGAGUUACAAAACUACAAUCUCUCAGACAUUGAGGAGAAGAUACAAAACUUAUGAAAAGGGAACAGAGUUCGCCUCAUUCCUUUUGUCAGCAAACAGAUCUUAGUAAAACUACACAACGGCUAAAUAUCCAACUGAACAAAACAUGACACACACAGGGAGACUCCUGACUAAAGAAACGUUUGGAUCAGGUUCAGUGUUCCAGGAAGAGGGUUAGGAUCAACAUAAAUCUGGAGAGGAACUCUACAAGGAAUACAUAAAGCAGGCGAUACAGUUUCGCACAAAUCACAAGUCCACAGAAAGAAAAGUAAAUUCUACCAGCUUUCGUUUUUUACAAGAGAAGGAAGGUGGCUUUUUUAUAUGCCCAUCCUUAGAGAAUUUACCUGGCUGCUAAAACAACUGACCUCCUAUUUACCUGGCCUGAUUUUAUUACAAAAAUAAAAAUACAACAAGUCCUUUCCUGAGGGUUUCUUCAACCCUCUGAUGCCUGGAAGGUUUGUUUGCUGGUAGUUUGAUUUUUAACUACAUUCAUGCUUGUGCUGCAGCUGUUUAUAUGAAGGUGAUUUAUUAUAGGCACUGAUUCAGGUUCUCACUCACUUUCAUGUUUGUUCUCACCAUCUUAUCAGUACUGAUGGCAUGUGCACUGUGACUAGGGUCUAGUCAUGUUUUUAUUCACACAUUAACUAAAGAUCUUUCAGAUUACAUUAAUAUUUAAAUUAUGUAUUACACAAUUACCAAUGAUAAUUCACUCGUUACAUGUGUGUGGCUUAGCAAUAUGGCCAUCAGCCUGACUAUAUUGCUUGUUAUGUGAACAAUAUUCACAAAAAUCUAAAUGCUGUGAUUUAUUUGUAUUUAUAACAAUGGGUUUACAAGUUACCUAAUCUAUAUGGACAGAAGAGUCCUAAAGUAAUGUUUCAAUCAGCAUUCUCAACCCCUGAAAAUAACCUCAGCUAGUCUUCCAGAUGUGGAAACUCACAUUUCCUUUCCCUCAGCCACCUUCCUUUUCUACUCCCUACCUGUGGUGGAUUGAUUGCCACGGCCGCCUGUAAGCAUCAACUACCAUCAUCCCUCUCUCCCCCUCGUUUGGUUUCUUUCACCUCAAGCAGGGAUAUUUCUGAUGAGUGUGGACAGCCCACAACCCCCUGAGGAAUCUAUCAACGCAAAGCUUUCAAGCGUUUGCCAAUCUAAGCGUACACACAGUGUUUUCAAAAAGACAUCUGGUCAUGAAGCACAGCAGGACAUCAACAACGCCUGCUUUCAAAAGAUUCAAAUAAGGAAAAGCCUUUUGCUGAAACAUCAAAUGACAUUGAGUCGAAUAUUCAAUGCUGGUCAUGUUUGAUAGUUUCGAUGACCUUUUUGCAAUUUUGUGCUCUGUGAUAGGAAAGGUACUUCAGAGAAGAAAAAACUGUCCCAUGAUGAUCGCGAUACCGGUGGGAUUCGCUUGUCAUGCCUUGAAAAAACAGUCUGAAAUCCCCGUGCCACUGCACCACUGACGUGUGGUCACAAACCAGCUGUCAAAGACCUUGUGAAAGAGCCAGUGGUUCUCAAGGCAAGUGAAAGGUAUUUCAAUUCAAGGCUCUUUAAUCUCAGA